CGCCGACAGAGGCACCCAACACAUCAGCGUUGUCGCAAGUCAGUGCUUAAACAUCGUCAGCUACGGACACAGGGCGAGGUUCGCGCAAUCAGGCGCUAUGCUUAGACGGGUAAAACCUGCUUCUUGAAGGGGCAGUGGCCUCGCGCAUCUGUUUUCCUCCAACUAUCUGCAUAGCACUUACGCCACUACGAUCAGUUCCCUCGAGCUCAGCCAACGACACCGCUUCUUCUGAGACGGUAGUUUUCUUUUACGGCUCGAACAAGGCAACGGCUUCGAUCAACAGUUCUGCCUUCUAAAAGUGGGCAAAGCUCAAGCCUGCAAUGGACGCUGAAUCAUACCGAAAUGUUGGUGGCGUGUGGCUGCACAAGGCCUUCCGCGAGGAAAACGUCCGUUCGGCCAUCCAGUACAAACCUCGUGAAGGCGACAUCUUCAUCGUAACGUAUCCCAAGUGCGGCACCAACUGGGUUCAGUUCAUCGUCUACAACAUAUUGACGCGUGUCAAGCCCCUGCCGAGUCUGCGCGAAUUUGGUCUCUUGAGUCCAUUCAUCGACAUGAUCGGUGCCAAAGCGGCCGAGAAUCCAUCGAGAAACGGCCCAAUCAUGACCCAUCUUCCACCAAAUGUCCUUCAGCCUGUCAAGGGGUGCAAAUACAUCUACGUGACCAGGAACCCAUAUGACUGUGCCGUGUCCUUCUACCACUUCAUCAAGGGAUUCACACUCAAGACGGUGACCGACGUCUCUUUCGAAAGUUUCCUCGCCCUGUUCUUGUCGGGAAAGGUUAUCUACGGUGACUACUUCGAUCAUCUGCUUCCUUGGUACAAGCGCCGAGCCGAUGAGAACGUUCUGUUUUUAACGUACGAGCAACUCAAGCAAGACACGAGAGGACACGUACUGAAGAUCGCCGACUUCCUCGGUGACGACCACUGGUGCGGCUCUUCGGAAAGACGAGGCCCUGUUCCAGCGCAUUUUGGACGCCUGCAGUCUCGAAAGCAUGAAGGCUUUCUUCAAGGAUUCUCCGGGAGAGCGGAUAAAGGAAAUAUGUAAAGCCGCGACCGAAGUAUCCCUGACGUCUACAGAGCCUUUGAACAGGGAUCCGCAGAGAAACGUCGAUAAACACGAAGGUUCUGGCUUUGUGAGGAAAGGAAUUGUCGGAGAUUGGAAGAAUUACUUCACUGCGGAGCAGCUAGACAAGACAAAGGCUUGGAUCGCCUCUAAAACCAGCGGAAGCGACGUUAUGGAACUGUGGCGUGAAUAUGAUCUUCCAUGAUUCUGUAGCUUGAACUCCAAUGCAAUCCAUUACAGGGCGCCGCCGUAUUGCAGUCAAUUUUUCGAUGCCGGAGACAUGUUUCUUGUUUUGACUCCAUCAACUUUUUGUUCGCGAUCAACGGUAAUAUGCGGCACGGCCUUUGAUGUUUGCGAGGACGCCCGACGGUAUAAGUCGUUGUCGUAAUAAUUAAAGAAAUAUUUAUUAGAACGUACACUAUAUUUCAAGUUCGUGUUGUUUGAAAAUAUGUCUCAAUAAAUGGAGCUGAAACUUUCUAUCCGUUCAGUAUUUUACUGUGUCCCUUACUUAGCCAACGCUUUUCCU